AUGCUCGAACAUGUGGCGAAAAUUUUCAGUUUUGCGCAGGUACCUGUCGACUUUGAGAGGGUGCAUUUGUCAUCGAAACCAGAAUCUGUUGACGAUCUCAGUCAAGCAAUAACAGCUAUCAAGAGGAACGGUGUAGCGCUAAAGGGAAAUAUCGAAACAAAAUUCGAUGAUCCGCAAUUUAUAUCGCGCAACGUGGAAUUGCGGCGGCAGUUGGACUUAUAUGCUAACGUCCUUCACUGUUGUACAAUUCCUUCCGUUCCUAGCAGACACAAUAACAUUGAUAUGAUCAUUAUUCGGGAAAAUACCGAGGGUGAGUAUUCCGGCCUCGAGCAUGAGACCACACCAGGGAUUGUUGAAAGCCUGAAGAUUGUAACACGAACUAAAAUCGAGCGUAUUUCUCGUUUUGCGUUCCAAUAUGCAAAGAAAUAUGACCGGAAGAGAGUUACUGCUGUUCAUAAAGCCAACAUACAAAAGCUGGGAGAUGGUCUCUUCCUGAAGGUAUGCAAGGAAAUCGGUGAGAAUGAGUAUCCAGAAAUCAAGUUUGAUUCGAUGAUUGUUGACAACGCAUCAAUGCAGUUGGUUUCUCGACCUCAGCAGUUCGAUAUUAUGUUGAUGCCAAAUCUCUAUGGUAACAUUAUUUCCAACAUCGCUUGUGGUCUCGUCGGAGGUCCGGGACUAGUCUCUGGAAUGAAUAUUGGGAACGAGUAUGCAGUAUUUGAGACUGGAACUCGAAAUACUGGCACUUCUUUGGCUGGAAAAGACGCUGCUAAUCCAACUGCUUUUAUUAGAGCGUCUGCUGACAUGCUCCGAUAUCUUGGAUUGAACCACCAUGCCAACAUGAUUUCUGAUUCGUUGUACCGCACCUUGGUGGAGAAACGGCUUCACACUCCUGAUAUUGGUGGAACGGCUAAGACAAGUGACGUCGUGAAGUCUGUAUUGGAAUUUAUCGCAGAGGAAAUGGAAGAGCACAAAUGGCGAGCCAGAUAA